CAUCCGGUUUAUAUUUUGGACUUCUUGUGGAAAAUAUAAAUAUUGAAAUGUUGUAAAGAAGCAUUAUUUCGCUAGUCCACCGCUUCAGAUUUAUCCUGCAGACGAUACUAUCUAUCACAAGAAAUCAUGCUUUGCUACACCCUAUAACAGUGAUCACCAUCAGCCAUGUUUGGGGCAGACAUUGCUUACAUGGAAGGUUGUAUGGAAGAUGAGUCUUUCACAGACUCCUUCUUACCUGAAUAUCUGUACCCUGCAUUCAGAUUACCUAAUCCAUGGCAUAGGCAGCCUGAUAUAACACAGUUAGACACUGACAUCAUUGUCAUUGCUGAAUUCUCAGAAUUAGAGGGACCAAAACCAGUGAUAACCAUUCCAAAUGACAGAGACAUACAUUUCAACAUUAAUGAUUUUACAGUGAGGAUUAUGUCAGUAGAUCUUGGGUCAUCUGGACAACAAGGUUUCAACAUGCCAGAAGAUUCACAGGUCAUGAUGUCAGACACAAAAGAGAAUGUGUAUGCAUUUGUUCAUCAUUUUUUCCUGUUGGAUAAACAAGCUAGAGGUUAUUCAAGACCAUUUGCUAUCAGUUAUGUCACUCCAGAUCAAAGAAAGUUAUUGAACUUUUAUGAAGAGAUCAGCUGCAAUUUUAAAAAGAUUGCCAGAUAUCUUAAGUAUGGUAACAAAUUGGUAUUCAAGAAUGACCUGGAUAAAUUUAUGAUGGAUUUACAAUACACAAAAGACCAGAUGGUAAACAGAUACAGAACUACAAUUCAACCAGGACAGACCGACCAGGAUAACAAACUACUACAGUCUCUUAAAAUACUUGAAUCACAGAUCUCAGAAGUACAGGGCGUCCUUAGUCAACUUAACCCUACAUUGAACGACAAAAGAUUGGAACAGAGAUUUUCAAAGAUAGAAGAAAGAGCUCAAGCUAAUAAAGGAAAACCGAAGCAUGAUAACUUAAGUCUCUGUGACUGGGAAAGUAUUGAAACACCAGAAAACCAAAUACAGUUUCUCUCCCUUGGUAGUACAGCAGACACAGAUAACUUAUUGUUUUUUGAAACCAAUCAUUACAAGCCUAAAUUGGUAGAAAUCACAAAAGGAAGGAAAUUUGAUUUGCAUUUAAGAGGAUUACACGAAUUAUGUUCCUGGGGUGCCAAAGAAGGACUCCAGAGGCUGAGACACAUAUACCAGUAUUUCAAACAGGACAUUGCAGUUCUUCAGAUGGAGAAAAGAGACCUGUCUUUGUUAGAUCCACCAGCUGGUUUGGUGACCUUUGGGAACAAGUUCAUAGGUUCUAAUUUCAUGACAAAUAUUGAUAAAAUCUGUAUCAGUACAUGUUGUUUUAUGAGAGUACCUGGGACCAGAACUAAUAUGGAAUCUUGGAACAUGUUGGGACACAGCUGGUCAUCUACAGACACUCUGUCCAGUUUCAAGUCAGUACCAAGUUCUUUCCAAUCAGUUAUAAAUGACGACUCAGACUCAGAUUCCAUGCUAUCAGCUACAAGUGAUCUAGGAUUUUACUUGCAGAGGACCAACAGUUUAGGAUCAUUCCAGUUAGUAGGUUCCUUUGAUAGUUUCAGAAAUUCCAUGACACCUCCAAAGGAUGGAUUCCUUCCAGAUAGUAAUAGAUCCUCAUUACAGGAUGAACUUCCUGCUUCAGAUGAUCCUUUAGAAAAGACUUUAUCCAAUGAAAUUCCAGGAUUAGAAAAGACUUUAUCCAAUGAAAUUCAAGGAUUAGAAAAGACUUUAUCCAAUGAAAUUCAAGGAUUAGAAAAGACUGUAUCCAAUGAAAUUCAAGGAUUAGAAAAGACUUUAUCCAAUGAAAUUCAAGGAUUAGAAAAGACUGUAUCCAAUGAAAUUCAAGGAUCAGAAAAUAAAAAUACAACCCAGGUAACUUUAAGUGAUAUGGGUAAAGGAGACCCUGAAAAAACGCUAUGUCUAAAUAAAGAAGAUACUAUUAAGAAUACAGGAAAUAUUGAUAGAAAUGAAAGUUUGAAAAACUUGAUGACUGAUUCUUUGGAAGAAAUUGAUAAUCACAGAGAUUCUAUAAAUGUUGUUGAGGUUGAUUUUGAAAACAGAGAAAGGUCAACAACUGAUUCUUUGGAAGAGUUUGAUAACCCAGAAGCGUCUAUAAAUGUUGUUGAGGUAGAUUUUGAACACAGGGAAAGGUCAACAACAAUUGUAAAUGAAGCCUCUCAAAAUAAUGAUACUUCGGAUGAAAUUCAACGAAGUGGGGAAAGUAGUUGCUCAAGUAAUAAUAGCAUCUCUGAGCCAAGAGACAGGUUAAUGACAUUAACUAACACGGAUGUUGUUUUGUCAAAGAAUUUGAAAAAAGACGUUAAGGCCGAAAGAGAUAUAACUUUUAUAAAUGAAGAAAGUGAAAUAGCAAGUGAUUUAAGUAAUUUAUCAGAAAAUAUAAGAAAAAAUGAAUCAGUAAAUAGUAUAAAUACUGAAUCUAUGACUAAUUUAUAUAUUGAAUCUGUAAAUAACGGAAUGGAUGAAUCAACAAAAAAUAGAAAAGGGGAAUUGACUAAUAAUAGAAUUGAUAAAUCAACAAGAAAUGAAUUAGCUGAAUCAGCAGAAAUUGGAAAUGCUGAAUUUGCAAAUGUUGGAAAUACAGAUGAGAAGAAAGACGUUGGCAAAAAAUUUGCUGAUAUAAAAGCUAUUGAAAAUUUAGGUCAAAUGAUAACAAAAGGUCAUUUAGACUGUGAUAAUUGUCCCCACGCUGAUGUGGAUAGUAGUUCUGGGGUGUCAUCUUGCAGUGGAUGUCAUUCGAAAGUAUCACAAUCUCUACAAUCAGAAGAUGAAAUUACAGUUCAACAAAAAGAGGACAUAAGCAGAAGAGGAUCCAAGACAGAAAUGGAGCAGUGCUGCAAAACAGAUCUAUUUAGAUUUAGUACGCAAAGUGAAACUUUAACUCCAGGGUUUGGAAUCACUAAAAUACUACAGACUUAUAACCAUAUCCAGAACGUGAUAUAUAGUAUGUUAACGGGGAGGACUGUUGUAGUAAUUGGUUCAGCACAGUAUGAAGAGGAAGUAAAAAAUCUGGUGACUGCACUGAAACUAUUUCUACCUGGAUGUCACAGAUGUCAAACAAGUUGUAUGCAGUGGUCAUCCAAAGCAAUAGCAGUAACAGACCUGACAGACAUAAAACUGAUUGGCAUUUGUAGACACGAAAAGAAAUCGGUAGACAGAAUGGUUCCUAAAGCAGUUCAGAAAUACAUAACUCUGUUUGAUGUAGAAAGAAGGAUAAUUAUUUCACCUGUAUAUCAGGGAAGUUUAAUCACAACAAUUUUAUCAAGAAAAAAGUCAUUUAAGACAGAAGAAAGUUAUAUCCAGUUUAUUAAAGUAUCACUUUGUGAAUUUUCAUCAAAAGCAUUUAUAUUUUUCCAUUCAUUUUGUCUUGGUACAGUUGGAACACUAACGAGCAAUAGAGGAAGUAUUAUUAGUGAAAGUGAUUCUGCGAAGAAGACUGCAACAGCUUUCCUCAGUAAACUUGGAAUACAAGACUGUGAUAUUGAUAUUAUGGAGUAUCUUACAGAACUGGUGAAGUAUCAGCACAUAGAAGAUCAUUACAAGAGUUUAAACACAACAGGGAUUCCACCAAGGCCUUUUACCAGAAAUAUACAUCCAUGCCAGCUACACAGAUUAUAAUUAGGAGAUUCGCCUUAAUGUAGAAGUUGAAGCAUGGCUUCCAUUCCAUGACAGACCAUUGAUUUUGGUCAGUGAGAAAGACCAAGAUACAAGUGCCAAAGUGACCUCAUGACUGUGAUAAACUUUGUUGAUAGGAUUUAGUUUUUAUUCUUUAUUUUUUCUUUAUACAUACCUGCUAACUUUUCAAAAUUUGAUUUUAAGUGGAAGAGGACCUAAUUCUCCUCUUAUAUUGUCAUAAAAAUUGGUAAUCUACUACUAUGUUGUUUGAAUGAGUAUGUAUGUGCCUAAAUACCCUUUUAACUCAUUUGAAUGCCUGCUUUGAGGUGUCCAGUCAUUACAAUAAAGAUUUCAAAAAUUGAGGUCAAUACCUCUCAUUGAAGAAAUAUCCCUUCAGUUGUGAAAGUUGGCAGGUUUGUUGGUAUAUUCAAAAUAUAUUCAAUUACAGGGUUGUAAAUCUGAGUGUAAAAAAGAAAAUAGAGGAGGAUACAAAAUGAAAAAAUCAAAAUUUAUAAAUCAAAGAGAGACAGAGAAAAUCAUGACAGAAUUGGAAAACAACAAAAAGUUAAAAAAAAAUCUACAAUACAUUACAUGAACCUGAGCCCCAAUAAACACUGUUGGUGAUCUCAGGUGCUCUUGAAGGGAAGGCAGAUCCUUCUUAAAACUUAAAAUCACUAGUAAUGACUGUGAUUCACUAAGUACUAACAAGGGUAUUUUAAAAGACUUGUAGAGAAUGCAUUGCCAAAAAAAUAAAUAAUUAUGAUUUGUAAUACUCUUGAUACUGAUCUUCAGUCUAUUUAUAUAUAGUAGUAUAUACAUAUAUAAAAGAUAUCUAAGUCCUGUUUGAUAAGAAGAAUGAACAAAAAGAUUUUUAUGAAGUAAUUCUUAAAAAGGAUGUUGUCUUCUAGAUCUGCAACUAUUUUCAUUUAAAUAAAUGAUAGAUCUAAAAUUGGAUUUAUCAAUUUUAUUGCUUUUUAUCUUAACAAUAAUAUAUAAAUGAAUUUUGGCCUUUCUGAUAAAGUUCAAAAAUUGCAGAAAAAUUGAUUGAUUGAUUGGCAUUUAAUGCCACUUUCAGUACUUUUGCACUAUUUUGUCGCAGUCAGCAUUUGUUGGUGGAGGAAGCUUGAGUGCCCGGAUAGAACCAUGACCUUCGGUAGGAAAACUGACAAUACUAUUGGAGGCGAAAGCACC